ACGAUUAAAUGUUAUUGUCAAAGAAACACCGACCGAUUUAGAAAAAAAAACAAUUUUAAAAUUGAAAUUUAAUUUUGAAAAAAUGUCCCGACAAAUGAACAAAAAUACUAUUGAAACGAAAAAAGUGAAUUCAGAUUUAUUUGUGUUGACAUAUGGCGCUACCAUUGCUCAAUUAGUGAAAGAAUGUGAAAAUGCUGAGGAAAUCAACAAACAAUUGGAUAAAAUGGGCUACAACAUUGGUUUACGUUUGAUUGAAGAUUUUCUUGCUAAAACUCAAAUGGCCAGAUGUCAUGAUUUCAAAGAUGUAGCGGAUAAAAUUCAAACUGCAUUCCGUAUCUAUUUGGGAUUCGCGCCAACCAUAACAAAUUGGUCAACAGCAAAUGAUGAAUUUUCGAUCAUCAUCGAUAAUAAUCCUUUGACCGAAUAUGUUGAACUGCCUGAUCAUUUGGGAAAUCUAAGAUAUUGUAACAUGCUUUGCGGUGUUAUACGUGGUGCAUUGGAAAUGAUUCAAAUUGAAGCACAGGUUUAUUUUCUACAAGAUUGUCUUCGUGGUGAUCCAGUCACCGAAUUACGAGUAAAAUUUUUGAAAAAAAUGGAAGAUGCUUUGCCAAUCAGUGAAGAUUAAUUCGUUUGUUUUUCAAUAAAUUUUUUUAAUUAAUAUUUUGU